AUGGGUAGCAUACCAGCUCAGAAAAAGAAGCCGACUCCGGUAUUUCUAUUUGCUCAUGGAUCUACCAUGAUGCUGGGAGAGGAGUCGGAGCCAGCUCGAAUUUGGGAGAGUAUUGGGAAUGAAUGCCUGCGGCGUGGAGUCAAGCGCAUUGUCAUGAUGGGCGCUCACUGGGACUCUCCUUACGAUACAGUACGAGUGAGCAUGAAUCCCGACGCGAAGAAAGACCCCGUGGGUAGUGUUACAGAAGCUCGAUACAUGCCAUACAAAAUGGUGGCAGAUCUUGAAGGAGGACAACGCGUCAUCGGUAUGUUGCAAGGAGCUGGAAUCAACGCUCAAGCCGACCCCAAGUUCGAAUGGGUUCACGAUACCUUCCUGAUCGUCAUCCGCAUGUUUCCCCAUUGCAUCCCUCUCCCCACUACCAUCGUGUCGAUGAACGCACGAUACGACCCGCACCUCCACACAAAGAUCGGAGCCGCUCUACGACCGUUACGAUACGAGGACACGCUCAUAAUAGGCAGUGGUGGAUCCGUGCACAACUUGUAUCGAAACCAUUGGUAUCAGAUGCUCACCUAUCGAGACAACUUUGCGCAGCCCGUACCACCUGGUGACUUUGCUCUGGAGUUCAGACAGGCGCUGGAAGAUGCUGUUACGCAGAACACGGGGCCUGCUUUGCGAAGAGCCGUUACCAGGUUGAUGAAGCAUCCGCGGUACAAGGAGGCGCAUGGAACUGAUGACCACUACAUGGCGACUCUGUUUGCUGCUGGCGCGGCCGGUAGCCAUGAAGAUCAAGGUCCGAAUCGGUUCCUAGGUGAAUGCUGGGAGCUUGUCAAUAUGUGUAAUAGUCAGUAUCAACUUGGCGACUGGGACUAUUCCUCGUAG